AUGGCACGCUCGAACGUGACAGGGCAGCUGUCAGCCCUCUUGAGCGCCCUGGAGGCACAAGAUCUCGCCCAGGCCGACGCGGCGGCCGUGCGUCUGGCCGCAGCGCUGCGCCGCUUCCCAGGGGGCGUGCAGUCGAUCAGCGCCGCCGCUUUUGACGAGCUACUGCGCCACCUCAGCAGCCCGGUGUCCGAGCGGGCCUACGAAGUUGCCGCCCGUGCCACGUGCGCCUGCUUGAUGGCAGAAGGCGACGACGAAAGCCGGUUUGCUUGGCAGGUCUGCCGCGCCGCCGGCCCCGCCGCUGCCCUCGUGCGCGGGAUCGCCAGCCACGACGCGGCGCUGCGCUUGCGCGUAUUGGCGGCGCUGCCGUGCGUGUUUGCGGUCAUGUUGGAAGCCCUCACGGAGCAAGAGCAGCACCAAUUCGACACAGCCAUAGCAAAGGCGCCCGGUGUCCCCGCCGCAGUGGGCCGGCUGCUGGGCGGCAACGACGAACACCAGCGCAAUCUUGCGACCGGCCUGCUGUGGAAGAUACUGCACGCCACGCCGCCCACCGACAGCGCCGCCGCCUCAGAGGUCGCGCGCCAGCCGGGGGCACUGCCCGGCCUGAUCGCCGCCGCGGGCGUCGACGCGUUCGCGCUGGUCGCGCUCAGCGCCUGGCUGCGGCUCGUGCAGCUCCACGUGGCCCCGGAGGACAUGGCGCGCGGCGCCGCCGAGGCAGGGGCGCGCGGGGCGCUGCGGCGCGUCGCGGGCGCGGCGGGGCGGCUGCUCGCUUCCGAAGACCCCGCGGACGACAAGGACUUCUCGUUGAUUGUCAACGGGCUUACUUGUCUGUGCCAGAACGAGCUCGCCGCCGCGGAAGUCGCCGCAAACGCAGGAGUGGUAGGCGCGCUGAGGCGCGCGCUGCUCAGCGGCGCCCGCGCCGAAGCGGGACUGAGGCUGCUGCUGAAGCUACAGCGCUGCACAGGCGCGCCCGCGGUGGCGCCGCCGCGUGACGGAGGCGAGCACCGCCGUGGCGGCGGCGGCGGCGGCGGCGGUGCCGGCAGCGCCGAGAGCGGCGGCGGUGGCGGAAGCCUGGGCGACCCUGGGCUCUUGGCCGAGGUUGUGCGCGCCGCGGCGUCGGCGGACUCGGAUGUGUGCCUGCUCGCCUUCCGCUUCAUCGGGGCCGGCGCUGGUGUGUGGUCGGUCCCCCUGAUGGCUCCUGUCGCGGUCUCGGCGCUGCGCAAAACGGACUGGGAACUCACAACGAGGGCGAGCAUGAUGAUGUGUUUGCCCUUGACACCAGCCACCAACGCCACGCUGCUGCAACUCGGCGCCCCGGACGCCCUGCGCGCCGCCGCUGCCGUCGCCGCAGCCUUCGCCGCCGCCACUGACGGCGCAGCCGACGGGGGCACCCUAUCGGACGUGCUCCAAAGCCUCGAGCGUGACGCAGCAUGGGUGGCUGCCAUGUGGGCGUCGGUCGCCGCCAUCAAGCUGGCCGGGGAGGCGGCGGCCAGCCGCACCCCUGACGGGGGCCCCUCACCCCCGGCUGCCGCGCCCUGUUGGGCGCUCGACCUCGUUUCCUCGGCACUCGCUGGGGCGCGCAGCACCGCACGCGCCGCGAAGGCGCUGGGAGUGAUGGCCGUCUCCCCGGUUUAUGUUGUGUCAACGCUUGCACGCCACCCAGGGCUGCUGCGGGGCGUCGGUGCGUUCGUGGGCACCUGCGGGGACGCGGCAGUUGUGGAGUCAGGGCUGAAGCUGGUCAAGUUGAUGACAAAUCAGCAAACGGUGGAGUAUCCUUGCGACGCAUCGGAGGGCAGCGGCUGCACCGCCGCUUGCAGCGGCAAACCCGGCGGGUCGGGCGCUCGGGCGGAGCUGCGGCGCUGGAUGAGCGUGCUCGCGCGCGCGCCAGACAAGGCCGUCGCGUGGGAGGGUGCGGCGGGGCUGGCCGCGUUCGACGCGAGCCGGAGGGCUAGUGCAGGUGAUUCUGGCUCGGGCAAGGGCGGCGGCGAUGGCAGCGGCGACAACGCCGGAGAGGAUGCCGGUGUAGGCCGCGGCGCCGCGGCCAGCAGUGGUGGUUGCAGCAGCAGCGACGAGGCAGCGGGGUCGGCCGGUGCCAGUACGUCACAGCAGGCGGCGCCUGCACCGUCUCCUCAGCAGAAAGGGAAGCUUAUCAGGUCGUGCUCAGUUUGCGGCCAGACAGAGGCGCAGCUGGGGCGGGCGCCCAAGGCCUGCGCAGGUUGCCGCAAAGUCAGGUACUGCGGCGAAGAGUGCGCCAGGGCAGCCUGGCCGGCGCACAAGAAGGAGUGCAAGGAGCACCAGCAGAAACAGCAGGCGCAGCCGCAGCAGGCUCAGCCGCAGCAGGCUCAGCAGGCGGCAGAAAAGCAGCAGGCUCAGCAGGCGGCAGAAAAGCAGCAGGCUCAGCAGGCGGCAGAAGAGCAGCGGGAGCAGCAGCAGCAGCAGCAGCAGUGA